UGCGCCUGCGCGGAUCUCUUGACAACAGCGUAAACGAUUCCAACAAAGGGGUGGAUUACUUUUCAGAUUUGGAAAACUUUGCAAAAACAAGGAUUUGGGGACAAAUUCGUCAUAAUCUGAAUCAACGGUGGAACGUAAAAUAUCAAGACGAACACCAGGUGCAAGAAGAUCUUCGCAGUGAACUCCAGAAGGCGAGGAAAGUGUCAAACGUGCAGUGAAAGGACUUUCUGAGUUUCUAGAAACCGGACAUUCAACAGAUUGCUCCAUGGAUCUGAAGAGACCUUAAAGCCCCAGUGUUUGUAAACCAUGGCUGCAGCGGUGUCGUCUGCCUCACGGCCGGAGCUGGCCUCUCACCCCGUCCCCAGCCCACCCGCCACACCCAAGGCCUCACCUGCAGGCUCCGCCAGGAAGGCUGGGAAAGGGAACUCCAAGGAAAUUGUUGAACAAGGUGGGUCUCCCCUGCCCGACCUGCGCACCAGUGACAUGGCGGUGGACCGUACCAAGCCCCUCCCCACCUCCCUGCAGAGUGACUUCAUCCCGGAGGACCUCCUGUUCGCCCUGACCCAACCCCCUCCCCUCAAGGCCAAGGACAACCUCCUCCCACCCUCCAGGACUAAGACACAGGCCGUGGUGCCUGCUGGCAGGGAGGCCUGGAAAGAGCCAACCCCACCCCGCCGUCCUGACAAUGUGUGGAACUUCUCCAGAAGAAGCAGAUACAAACAUCUGACAGACAACACCAUCUGUACAUGUGGGGCUGGCAAGGACAUCUCAUUCCUGUAUGAUGCAGUGACUGCUGCAUCAGAGGACAAGGAGCCGACUCCACCAACUAGAGACAAGUAUGACAGGAGCAGCAUCAGGGCUGAUGCCGUUAAAGAGGUGGACAAGAAUAUUGCAUUGCCAGACUCCCUCAUCCCAGAUGAGUACCAUAUCGUCAAGUCCAAAGGAGUCAUGGGCUUGGAAUAUCACGACGAUAAGUUCACCACAGAUAAAGACGACCAUGAAAAACAUCUAACUAUGUUCCCUUCAUUGAGACCAAGUGGCCGUUACGAGGUUGUCCACCUGCAGAAGGUGAUGGAUGACAUGUUGAACAAGGUCGGGGUCGAGGACGAUGAGUUAGAGGUCAAAGGACCGACUCAGAUGCAUAACCUGCUGGAACUAAUCAGGAAAGAGCAGAAAAUCUACAACAUCAUCUUCCAUGAACUUAUCAGACAGGUAAGCGUGGAGUGUUCGGAGCGAGGUGAGCUCCUGUCCAACCUGAGACAGCGAUACGCCACGCUGCUGGACAAGGUCCCGCGGCAGGUGAAGAGUCUUCACGCGGAGGUCAUGGCACAGCGGGCGCUGGACCGCAGACUCACCGAGGAGCUUAUGAGAUUCAAGGGUUCUAUCACAUCUCUCACAAGUGAACUAGCAGAUGUGCGUGAACAUGACAGACAGGUGACGAGAGAAGCUCAACAGGCACAGGAGGAUCUGGCAGUGGCCCUGACAGAGUCGGAGAAGAACGCCAGCCUGCUCUCGGAGUAUCAUGACUUGUACGAGCUGCAGCGGCGCCGACUGGAGACUCACGUCAUCCAGCUGUCUGAAGAACGAGAGCUGUGGAGCACAGCAGCUUAUAACCUGGCUCUAAAGGUGAUAGAGCUGAACUCCCUGAGCACUGCCCGUCGGCUGUACAUCAGUGAGAAGGCCUGGUGCAAGCUGACCAGUCACUUCACCAUCCUUCUGGGGGACAAGGACACUGAGGAACUAGCGAUAAUCCAGCACCAUGUUGAGACGUGGAGAGACCUCGUCACCAAGUUCAACUUGCAGCUCAGUGCAGGGGACAAGAACCUGAAGCAGAAGUUCAACAACAUGAAGGAAAAACUGACUGCCUGGUCCUCAGAAAUUGGCAAGUUUGUUGGGGAGACUGCCACCACCAGCGCCACCAGCUACGGCAAACUGCCCGGUCCUGAGAUGGUCAAACAGCUGUACGAUGACAUCUCUAUCUGGGAGGAUGUGAUCAGUACAGAGAUGGAAACGUUUGCAGGAGACCAUCUCCUGGGUUUCCAGGACCAGCUGGCCGCCAUGAACAAACACAUGGAGAGCUGGACCGACGCCUCGCUGAAGGUCUUUAACAGACAUCACACCGAGGAUGGGUCCAACUAUCCUGACCAUGAGAAGAUGAUCAACCUAAAUGAGGAAGUUGAAACUCUUGUCAAGCAGUAUAACAUCAGGGUGAUGGGAGAAAAUGGUGUUGCUAAGGAGAUGAUAAUGCUGCAGAACGGCUACGAGACCUGGCACAACAAGCUGGGGAAUGUAGGGAAGGGCGCAAGCCUUUCGGAUAAUGACUGGUACCGUCUGUACGAGCAGUUUGACACGUGGAUCACGCAGGUGGGCAACAUUGUCCAGCUGGUGGGCACAACUCAGAGGGAGGAGGAUCGCGAAGCGGGCAAACCUCACACUAGUGUUACUAUUGAGGCUGUGGUCAAGAACGUCCACAUGUGGCUGUCUUCCACCAUGAACGGGAUCAACAGUGAAGACUCCAAACUAGCUGAGCAGUGUGAUGCAAUCAUUUUUGGUUACCAUGACAACAGUGAUUGUGGAACACAAACAGAACCUGGAGGACAGAAGGUAGCCAAGCUGCACACCAGCAUGGUCCAUUGGAUGGUCCAGCUGCUGCUGAAGCUGGCCCCUGACCACACGCCGAAGGUCACGGCCAGCCUGCAGGGCGUGUCCACUGCCAAGGAGCUGCAGGAGACGGCCAGGGAGCUGUUCGACAAGCUGGCCAAGUUCUCCAAGUACAUCGUACAAUGUUGCCAGGGCAUUGUGAUGGACCUGAUGCAGGAGAAGGUGGACGCAGGGGAGGAGGACGCUGAUCACGAGUUCAGGGAACUCAAGAGAGUCAAGUCAGAGAGUCAGGAGUGGAUCAGAACAGCCAAGCUGCUGCUGAAUGAGCUGCUGGGCGAGGAAAGCGAGUUCAAGUUUGAGAACCUGGAACUGCCCAAGGAGGAAGGUCCGGGGGGAUCCGUACCCCCCUCCAGAGAUGGUCGCUCCCUCCCCCCCACCAGGGAAGGCCAUGGUUUGUCCCUUCCACCUACCAGAGAAGGGGAGUCCAGGCUCACACCAGGGGAGACACCUUCCACAGCUGUCCCAGGAACCCCUGCAGAUGGAGAACGGAAGGAAGAAGAGACAAAGUCUGGAGAUGGUCAGCAGUCAGGGGAAGAGAAGAAGCCAGAGGAGGACACCACACAGAUGCAGGUCAUAGGUCACGAUGACAACGUCCACCCACAAUCCCUUGAGGACAAACCCAAGGAGGCAGUGGGAGAAGGCAUUGCUGUGUCCAGACCUGACACCCCGCAGACGAAGAAAGCUUAUGAGGCUCUGGCUGCAGUUGAUGCAUUACAGAAACAAUUGCUGGAUACUGAGGAACGUGCUCAGACUUCUGAAGAAAAGGUUUCCACCCUGGAGGAGGAGCUAAGGAAGGCUAAGGAGCGAAUUCGAGACCUUGAGAGGAGAACUGGCACCCCUGGCCCCACCCCAGAUGCGGAGGGGGCGGAGCCAGAGACUCCCCGAUCCACCGACGACCCUGACGACAGGCCCACCACACCCAGCAGGAAGGAGAAGCACAAAAAGAAACCUCACAAGAAGAAGUAGAGAAUAACGGUUGCUGUACUUGUAAAGUUUAGAAUGCUGUCAUAUUACUGUCAUAUCAAGCAAUAUGAAUUUGCUACUGAACCGACUUUUUAUCAUCCAGGCUAUGGAGGUUUUUAUGUGAUUAGCUUUCUGAAGUGGAUUUUUACCACAAAUUUUGUACAGAGUUCAAUUGUAAUGUUAUAUGAAGUUGUGUAUGGAAGAUGUCUAUAUUGAGAGCUUCAAAUUGGUAUUUUUUUCCAUAUCAAAGCUGUACAGUUGUAAAAAUCAAUGUUGGUACGUUGACCAGUUUAAUGCACCUCUGUAAGAGAACAUCCAGAAUAGUGUAUGACAAGAUAGCCUGUGCUUUGGAAUGUGGUUAUGAAUGUUUGUGUGGCUCAUCUACAAAUGCUUUGAGGAAAUAAAUUAUUUGUACAACAAU